AUGGCCCCCAUGUACGCGAAUGUUUACAUGUAUAUCUUUGAAAUGACAUAUAUACUUCCAGUCUACGAUGACAAAAUCAUGAACUUUUUCAGAUUCAUCGAUGACCUGUUAAUAAUCUGGACAGUCCCUUGCCUUAUCUUAUCUCAUUUACCAGUCCAGUCCGUGACUGGACUGGUAAAUGUCUUGGAGUCGUAUAGAGGGAGAGACAGAGUGAUGCGAACAUUAUGCUAUAGCUGCCAACUGUUCGGUGGAGUCAUGACGCAGAAGAAUGGAGAGAAGAAGAAUUGGGAAAGAAGCCUCCUUAUUGUGGCUUCUCAGCUUAGCCUCUGCCGAACAGUACUGCGUUUAUUUGAUGAUCUGGCCAUGCUAGCUUACUCAAUGAAGUAUGGUCUGGGGAAAAGGGAAGAGGACUGUCUUGUCCGCUGGAUAUCGGUCAUUGGUAACAUUGCUGACCAGCUCUACUACCCUUGUGAGCACAUGGCAUGGGCUGCAGAUGCUGGUGUUAUCCGCAUGAAAUCUGAUAAGUGGUGGACAGCCAGUACUGCACUUUGUGGCCUCUCUCUUUUUUUAGGAAUUCUACGAUCUUUCAGAAUUUUACUCAAGCUCACAAGACACAGAGAAAAGCACCAUAAAGCUCCAAAAAGAGGUACCCAGUAUCCUGCAUUUCGGUAA